AUGAGGAGGAGAAUAUGGCCGUCCGCGUUGCGUUUGUUGAAAGAAAAAACAUUAGUAAAGUCGUCGCCGUCUGAACAAUCGUCGUCGUCGUCUGAGUCUUUGAAUCUUUUGGUGGACGCAGUCGUGGCUUCGCUGAAGGACACUGGGGCUCCUUCCUCCGGAGGAUCGAGAAGAGUGAUCGCGAGAGAAGACGUGAUGCGAUUCCUCUCUUCUUCUUCUUCUUCUUCGAGUAACACGAACAACGAUCGUCUGAUUGAGAACUACGCCAGGAUUGACGGGACGAAAGACGCGUCGACGUCUUCUUCUUCCGACGAUAUCGGUGGGAAUGAAAGGAAGAAAAAAGUAGUCGUGGUGAACUCGGAGUUUGAGGACGUGCCAAACAGCGCGAUUCGAAAAGUGAUCGCCUCGCGACUGUUAGCGUCGAAACGCGCGCAGCCGCACAGUUACGUGACUAUGGACGUGGACGCAUCCGGAGUGGAUCGAUUUAGGAAGAAAGCCAUGCAAGAGCACGAGACGAAGGUAUCCGUAAACGACUGCAUUUUAUACGCCGCGUCGAAAGCGCUGAGACGAGUAAGGAAGGUGAAUUCGAGGUACGAUGAAAAAUUAGGGAAGAGGAUGGAGUUUGACACGGUGGAUAUUUCGGUAGCCGUAGCAGCGCCUACGGGUUUAGUCACUCCAAUCGUGUUCAACGCGGACAACAAAAGUGUCUCCGAAAUUGGUCAAGACGUUCGUCGAUUGGCUGGUAAAGCGAAAGAUGGCAAGUUGAAACCGAGCGAAAUGAUUGGAGGGUCGUUUACGAUUUCGAAUUUAGGCAUGUUCUCGGUGGACUCGUUUCAAGCCAUACAAAAUCCACCGCAAGGCGCUAUAUUAGCCGUAGGAAGAGGUACCGAGCGAGUCGUCAUAUCAAAAAGCGCGAGAAGUGAUUCAUCAUCAAAUGACGACGACGGCAAUGUCGACAAACCCGCGACGGAUGCGGUCUUUAGCGAGGACCAACUCUCGACUCAGCUGUCCAUAUCCGCCACGUUGAGCAUCGACAACAGGUGCAUGGAUGAAGCGGACGCGAGCGAGUGGUUGGAGGCGUUCGCCGACGAGAUGCGAAAAGCCGAAGACUUUGUGCUUUAA